CUGUGGGAGUGAGUUAAGGCGAGAGGACUAAUGACUGACAGCGGUAUCAGGUUUGCUGUGUGGUACAAAGGAGUACAUUCUGUGCAUUAGGUUGUUUGCUUCUGGCUGAAUUUAGAAACUGCAAGUGUGGCUCAUUCUUGAUAUUUUUUCCUUGCUUCCUCAUUAUCUCUUUCUCCCAUCCCGCCUCAUUUUGAGGAACAGGUUGCUGUGCUAUUAAGCAGAUUUAUAUUAACCACUGUUUCCAGGACUGCUGUGCCUUUGGGAUGAACAUUUAAGGCAACUCGUAUGGGUCUACAAAACUCUGUUUGAUUGAACAUUCAACAACCCAUCGUUUUUAUCUUGUCCCUCAUAAUCAACAUGGUCCCACCGCCCCCUUCCAACAAGCCACACGUUUGCCUUUCAUGUGUGCUAAUCAUGAGCAGCAUGGCUCUGCUGGACGCCUACCUUGUGGAGCAGAAUCAAGGUCCACGGAAGGUGGGUGUCUGCAUCAUGGUCAUGGUAGGGGAUGUGUGCUUCCUCAUCGUGCUGCGGUACAUUGCGGUAUGGGUCGGUGCUGAGGUACAAACUGCUAAACGUGGCUACGCCAUGAUCCUUUGGUUCUUCUAUGUCUUUGUGCUGGAGAUCAAGGUAUACUUUGUUUACCAGAACUACAAGGCAGAAGGCGAGAGAGUGGACGCUCUUACCUGCAAGGCUUUGACAGUGCUGCUUUCUGUGUUUGUCCCGGGACUUUACGUUACGCUGGCAGCCAUCGAUCACAUGGAAUACGUUCGUCCGCUCAAGAAGAGGGAGGAGUUGAGAAGUCGGCUGUUCUGGGUUGUGGUGGAUCUUCUCGACAUUUUGGACAUUCAGGCCAGCCUAUGGGAGCCUCAGAGAAAAGGGCUCCCUCUAUGGGUGGAGGGCCUUACUUUUUUCUACUGCUACAUACUACUUCUAAUACUGCCGUGUGUGUCAUUGAGUGAAAUUAGCAUGCAAGGUGUGAACAUUGUGCCGCACAAGAUGUUGUUGUAUCCCAUUCUGAGUCUGGUCGCCAUCAACUUUAUUACAAUUUUUAUACGAGGAGGAAAUAUGGUGUUUUAUAGGGACAUCCGAGUGUCUGGAAUACUCAUGGGUAAGAACGUCCUCGCCAUUGUCCUGAAAAUGUGCAGCUUUGUGCAGUACCGGAGACACCUGCAGGAGGCGCCAACACCCGCUCUCGCUCCAGAACUACAGAGGGACACAGUGCCACAAAGUUCUCGAGGGGCAGUGCCAUUCGUAAUGCCCAUGCCCGUCAGCAUGCCAACUCCGCAGGUAGUCAUACAAGAUCUCACCACACUUCCAGAAGAACCCGAACUUGAGGAAACAUGACAAGAUGGGGAAUGAGAAGGGUUCGUACUGAGGAUACUUGGACAAUGCACAACAUGAACUGCUUUGAGAUUUUUUGUCCUAAUGUUAAUCCGGGUGUACACUGUAUGAUUUACUAUUUUAAGAUCGUUUCUUAUCAGACUGUAUGAUGACGUUAAUGACUGGAUACAUACCAGACCGUUCUGCACAUAGGCCAGACAUUUAGCUCGACUUGACUGCACUGAUUAGGCA